AUGCUUAAUUUUCAAGCACCAAAUGGCAACCUUUCUGUCAACAGUAGAACAUUCUACACCUGUGAGUCAAACCCCAACCUUCCUGUCAACAGUAGAACAUUCUACACUUGUGAGUCUAACCCCAACCUUUCUGUCAACAGUAGAACAUUCUACAUCUGUGAGUCAAACCCCAACCUUUCUGUCUACAGUAGAACAUUCUACACCUGUGAGUCAAACCCCAACCUUUCUGUCUACAGUAGAACAUUCUACACCUGUGAGUCAAACCCCAACCUUUCUGUCAACAGUAGAACAUUCUACAUCUGUGAGUCUAACCCCAACCUUUCUGUCUACAGUAGAACAUUCUACACCUGUGAGUCAAACCUCAACCUUUCUGUCAACAGUAGAACAUUCUACACUUGUGAGUCUAACCCCAACCUUUCUGUCAACAGUAGAACAUUCUACAUCUGUGAGUCAAACCCCAACCUUUCUGUCUACAGUAGAACAUUCUACACCUGUGAGUCAAACCCCAACCUUUCUGUCAACAGUAGAACAUUCUACACCUGUGAGUCAAACCCCAACCUUUCUGUCAACAGUAGAACAUUCUACAUCUGUGAGUCAAACCCCAACCUUUCUGUCUACAGUAGAACAUUCUACAUCUGUGAGUCAAACCCCAACCUUUCUGUCAACAGUAGAACAUUCUACAUCUGUGAGUCAAACCCCAACCUUUCUGUCAACAGUAGAACAUUCUACACCUGUGUGUCAAACCCCAACCUUUCUGUCAAAGUAGAACAUUCUACACCUGUGAGUCAAACCCCAACCUUUCUGUCAACAGUAGAACAUUCUACACCUGUCAGUCAAACCUCAACCUUUCUGUCAACAGUAGAACAUUCAACACAUGUGCGUCAAACCUCAACCUUCCUGUCAACAGUAAAACAUUCUACAUCUGUGAGUCAAACCCCAACCUUUCUGUCAACAGUAGAACAUUCUACACAUGUGAGUCAAACCUCAACCUUUUUGUCAGCAGUAAAACAUUCUACAUCUGUGAGUCAAACCCCAACCUUUCUGUCAUCAGUAGAACAUUCUACAUCUGUGUGUCAAACCCCAACCUUUCUGUUGUCAGUAGAACAUUCUACAUCUGUGAGUCAAACCCCAACCUUUCUGUCAACAGUAGAACAUUCUACACUUGUGAGUCAAACCCCAACCUUUCUGUCAAUGGUAGAACAUUCUACAUCUGUGGGUCAAAUCCCAACCUUUCUGUCAAGAGUAGAACAUUCUACACCUGUGAGUAAAACCCCAACCUCUCUGUCAACAGUAGAACAUUCUACACCUGUGUGUCAAACCCCGACCUUUCUGUCAACAGUAGAACAUUCUACACCUGUGAGUCAAACCCCAACCUCUCUGUCAACAGUAGAACAUUCUACAUCUGUGUGUCAAACCCCGACCUUUCUGUCAACAGUAGAACAUUCUACAUCUGUGUGUCAAACCCCAACCUUUCUGUCGACAGUAGAACAUUCUAUAUCUGUGAGUCAAACCCCAACCUUUCUGUCAACAGUAGAACAUUCAACACAUGUGAGUCAAACCUGA